UCCGGAACAAUUUAAAAGGCGGAAUGUUUAUAGAUUUACACCGUUGUCUUGAUGUCAAUGAAUAAUCAUGUGUUUAGGUCUGAGUUGAUUAAAAUCAACUUUUGUGAAACAACUAAAUGUUGCCGCAUCUGUAUAAUGGGAAGAAUAUGAUAUGCAUAUUUCGGAGAGCCUUCUGGCCUACUGCGCGGAAUUAUGCUUUAUUGCGACAUUUACAGACAGUUCCAUUGAAAACAGGGAAUUAUUUUGAUAACAAUGUUCUGCCUUUCUCUGCUUUUCUCACUGAUAACUAUGGCAGACAACACACAUAUCUACGGAUAUCUUUAACUGAAAGAUGUAAUUUUCGAUGUCAAUACUGCAUGCCUGAAUCUGGUGUGGAGCUGACCCCGAAUAAAAAUCUUUUAACGACUGCAGAACUGAUCCAAAUCACUUCCCUGUUUGUUAAUCAGGGCAUUAAAAAAGUUCGUUUAACUGGAGGAGAGCCAUUGAUUAGAAAAGAUUUAAUUAAAAUUGUUGAAGAACUUCAUCUCCUGAAACAAUAUGGUUUGGAAUUUAUUACUAUGACAACCAAUGGUGUGAUUCUUCAUCGAGUUGUGGAGAAGUUAAAAGAAGCUGGCUUAGAUUCCCUGAAUGUCAGUCUUGAUAGUUUAAUGCCACAUAAGUUUGCUUUCAUUACCAGAAGGAAUUGUUUAGAUAAAGUCUUAAAGAAUAUAGAGGGUGCUUUGGCAGCAGGAUUUUCUCCGUUAAAGAUCAAUUGUGUUGUUAUGAAGGACCUCAAUGAUGAUGAAAUCUGUAAUUUUGUGCAGUUAACAGAGAAAAUGAAUUUAGACGUACGAUUUAUAGAGUACAUGCCUUUUCAAGACAACAAAUGGAAUUUGAAGAAAAUGGUUCCUUACAAAGACAUGUUGGAAAUUAUUAAAAGAAAAUGGCCAAACAUAUCAAAAAUUAAAGAUAAACCUAAUGAUACAUCAAAGGCCUUCAAAAUUCCUGGAUUUGAAGGUCAAAUAGGUUUUAUUACUUCCAUGUCUAACCAUUUCUGUGGCUCCUGUAAUCGUUUAAGACUUACGGCCAAUGGAAACCUCAAGGUUUGUCUUUUUGGAAAUGAAGAAAUAUCUUUGAAAGACAUGAUUCGAAAAAAUGUUUCUGAGGAAGAAAUCCUAAAGCAUAUAGAAUUUGCUGUGAAACGGAAGCAUAAACAACAUGCUGGUGUUCAUAAUAUAAAGAAUAUGAAAAACCGUCCUAUGGUUCUAAUUGGUGGUUGAGUGAUAUUGAAUUAAUAUUAAAGGUAAUUUAACAGAUUUAAUUAAUGAAACAGAUUUGAUGAUAAGUCAAUCAAGAAGAUUCUUAGCAGGAUUAACAGAAAAGCUCCUAUGGAGAUUGAUAUGAAUUCUUUAUAAUUAAAAUUUACAAAAACUGAUUACAAUUAAAAUAUAGUUUUACACAAAUA